AUGGGUCGUCUUCUGCAAGCCCAAAUAGUCGUCAUUGCCAACAUCACCUGCCUCGUCUCGGCCUUGAACUCCUCGAGAUCCACCGUCCCAUUCGAGUCCGAAAAGGUCGAGAAUCUGCUCGCCGCUGCAAGCGUGGUACAGGCCGUCGGAGAUGCUCUCCUGACACCCAGUUGCCACAUCUGUUUCUGGCAGCCGCGCAUCUCCUCGACGGAGUCGUCGAAGAUGGAGAGGCAAUCCUGGAGGGCCGAGGAUGCGUGA